AUGAUGAUGUCAUUUCUCACAUCGUAUAGGUGGCAACUUUUGAUAAUUUUUUACGGAUUAAGAGACACCUUAUCUAUAAGGCGACAGUAACCUAGUGCACUCCUACUUACUAUUAGAAUUAAAAAAUGGAUUUAUUAUUAUUAUUAUUGUUUAAGCCAAAAUGUUGUGACGUCGGAUUAUUUUCAAUUCCAUUUCGACUAGCCAGGAAGAAAUUUAACAUGUGAUGUCAUUUUUCGUUCCAUAAAAAAUCCCUGUUCUUCCAGUGAAUCACACGACAUAUAUUGUACAAACAGUUGUAUUCUUGAAAUCCUGUCAAAACUACAAAAAUUUGUGUUGUUUUUAUUGGUAACAUGGGAAGUCUAUAUAACUGGAGAGUUCCGAAGUAGUUUUUUCGUGAGAUAAUGUCAUCACUUCCUUUAUAUGAAGCCGCAAAUAUUUUUUCGACGUCGGGAUUUGUUGCGACAGUUUUUCUAAACUUAACGUUUAUAUUUCUAACCAUAUUUCAUACUAAACGCAUCGACACCACUUAUAAAGAACUUCUAAUAGUAUUUUCGAUUCUUUGCUUGAUUUUUUCAUUCAUCGAAAUGUUAGUUCAUCCGUUCUUUCAUUCCUUCAACGGAGGGCUCAUAAAUUUUAAUAUGGUAAAGUGGAAAUGGCUAUCCGAAGAACUGAUAACAUUCAUCGUGGUAUCUUAUUCCGGACUCUACGCAACAAUUGUUUCAUUCUUCACUGUAAUGUUUUUAUUCCGAUACUGGAUAAUGAUGAGCAGUCCAUUAGUUGGAUUUUUCAAAGGAUGGAAGCUCAUAAUUCUGAUCAGUUGGUCCGUUGUUUUUGGUGUGUUCGGUGGAGGAACUGUUCUAUAUUGUGGUUGGAUUGAUGAUUAUUCACAUGAUUACAUGAGAGAUGUUAUGCUAAAAGAGUAUAAUUUAGAUGUUGAUCAUGUCUCCGGGUACACUGUUAUUGCAUAUGACCAAAAUGGGAAUCUCCGGUGGAAGAGUUUAGCAGUCACACUUUGCCUAAUGUUCGUCAUGGGAACACAAUUUCUUAUUGUUGGAAUAUGCGGCUUCCGUAUGCAUUUUAAAAUGAACGAGCUGCUGAAAAACUUGUCAGAAGCUCAUCGAAAACUUCAGAAACAGUUUUUCAUGAGCUUAGUGUUACAGAUAACUUCACCAACAUUAACUUUCUACAUCCCAGCUGUUCUCAUCCUUACUGUUCCGUUUCUGAACCUCGAAUGGAGUUUUCCAACGGGAGUUAUAGUGUGCUCAUUUUCCAUCUAUCCACCGAUUGAUAGCCUCAUUCUAAUGCUAAUUGUUCCUGAAUAUAGAAAUGCGAUCAAAGCAAUAUUCAAACGACCAUCCACGAUUCUGAACCCCAAAACUACAAAUAGGAGUAGCACGGUGUUUUCACAGAGGAAUGAAGUGGUUUAAUUUGAAAAUACAAUUGUAUUUAUAUUUAUAUAAAACCUUUGAGCA